UUGUUGUUAGGGGACUUGGGAAGACAGCUAUGUUUGGGGUCCUCCCUCACUGGGCUGAGCUGGGAGUGGGUAGCACAUGUGGGGUCCGGUGUAGCUGGCUGCUGCUAAGUUGAACUCUGCCUUGGAGCUUCUGGUUCUCUGCAAUCGCAUGGGUGUCUCUGUGGAGUCAUAUGCUUCAGGGCUGUGGUUUUAUUGCAGAUAAAGGCCCCCUUCAAAAGCUGUGUGUCAAACCAUGGAGGCAGAUGAGGGAUUGAUUCUCAACGUGAGUUCUCUGCCUUCCCCAGAGUCCCACCAUUCCGCAGGACACAAGAGGUGCCGCAAGCCAUUGCCCGGCAAGGACAAGUGGCAACCUAAAGCUCUGAAAAGGAAGCUCCAAUGGGCAGACGAAGGCGCACCUUCAAAGCAGAAACACAAGUUGUCAGUAUCCCCAAUCAAGAAAUGCACUAAGGAGGCUAACUUCUGCGUGAAGGGAAAUUUGUCAUCAAAAUCUCCUCCAAAGAAGCACUCGGCUGACAGACAGAAUGAAAGCCUAAGUAGCAGACCUUUCAUUAAGACGUCUUGUCUGUUUAAAAACAACCCUGAGAUUCCAGAAAUUCGCAGAGGUGGAGUGAAACAGGUGCAGGAAAAAGUUUUCACUUCGGAUUCGUUCAGCCAGCUGGACCUCCAUCCCCAUCUGGUUUCCACAGUAACCACUGUCUUGAAGCUGUCUAGUAUGACCAGUGUUCAGAAGCAAACUAUUCCUGUGCUGCUAAAAGGCAAGGAUGCACUGGUGAGGUCCCAGACAGGGUCAGGUAAAACUCUUGCCUAUGGCAUCCCCCUUGUACAGUCCUUGCAGGGAAUGAAAUCAAAAAUACAGCGCAGUGAUGGGCCUUAUGCACUUAUAUUAGUUCCAACAAGAGAGCUAGCCCUACAGAGCUUUGAUAUAGUCCAGAAAUUGCUGAAGCCAUUUACCUGGAUUGUGCCUGGCGUGCUAAUGGGGGGAGAAAAGAGGAAAUCUGAAAAAGCCAGAUUACGUAAAGGAAUAAAUAUUCUCAUUUCAACUCCUGGCCGCCUGGUUGAUCACAUCAAGUCCACAAAGUGCAUUCACUUCCGUCGUAUUCAGUGGCUGAUUAUGGAUGAGGCUGACAGGAUCCUGGACAUGGGCUUUGAGAAGGAUGUGACCGUGAUACUCAAUGCUUUAAAUGCAGAGAGUGAGAGGCGGCAGAAUGUCCUGCUCUCAGCCACGCUCACAGAGGGAGUAACGAGGUUGGCCGAUAUCAGUUUGCAUGAUCCAGUGAGCAUUGCCAUUGUGGAUGAAACCUGGGACAGAACCACACCAGAGCAGGAAGCCGUGUGUUCACCAGCCCGCAUGGUAGAGGAAGGCUUUGCCAUACCGGAAAAACUCAAACAGCAUGUGGUGGUGGUUCCCAGCAAACUGCGGCUUGUCACCCUAGCAGCUUUUAUCCUGGGGAAGUGCAAGUUUGAAAAACGCCACAAGAUGAUCGUCUUUUUCUCCAGCUGUGAGCAAGUGGAGUUCCACCACAAGCUCCUCCUGAAAAUCCUGCUGGGAGGCCAAAAGGCUGAAGAACCUGAACGUUUGCCGCUCCCCUCUUCACACUUAAAGUUCCUGCGACUACACGGCAACAUGGAACAGGAGGAAAGGACAGCGGUGUUCCAGGAGUUCUUACAAUGCAAGACAGGCAUCUUACUUUGCACUGAUGUUGCAGCACGAGGAUUAGACCUGCCUCAGGUCACCUGGAUUGUUCAGUACAACGCUCCGGCUUCGCCUGCGGAAUACGUCCACCGAAUUGGGAGGACAGCUCGGAUUGGCUGUCACGGGAACAGCUUGCUCGUCCUGACUCCUUCGGAGGCAGAAUAUGUCAACUCGCUGGCUUCUCACAAGAUUAAUGUCUCCGAGAUGAAGAUGGAGGAUAUUCUGUCCAGCCUGAUGAAAGACGAUCGUUUCAAGGGGCGCCAAUGGGGAAACAAGAAAUCCCGUGGCAUGAACCCCCAGGAAGUGCGGGAACGGGCGACGGUCUUGCAGACCGAAUUUGAAAAUUAUGUGCACUCCAGUGAGGGAACUGUCCGGUGGGCAAAGAAAGCACUGCAGUCUUUCCUUCGCUCCUACACCACCUACCCCAAGACCCUGAAGCACAUCUUCCACAUCAAAUCUCUCCACCUGGGCCAUGUGGCCAAGAGCUUUGGGCUGAGAGACGCCCCUCAGAACCUCAGCACUUCCGUGGCUGCCAGUCCAGGAAAGAAAACCAAACUGAAACCAAAAAGGGCUGAGAAAUAAUGGGAGAAAACUGGGAUAAAUUGAGGAGCAGAAAGAUGGAGAUGAGGACACAAAAACCACCUGCCCCUCUGGGUCCACUGUUUCUACUGUCAACACAAUAUCCCACCAUCCAAUCAGUCAGGAGCCUCCCCCAGGAGAGAGAAAAGAAAAAGGCCUGACAGUUUCUGUUUGCAGUGGAAAGAGCUACUUCAAGAGGGCUAGCGUUUUUUGUUUGCCCUAUUGACUUCUGCUUUAAUAACAGCCAUCCUCCUCUUUACACGCUGUGCUGGGGUCUGGGGUCAUGGAGAGGCCCUGGGGUUUUGAAUGACUUGCUACCCAGACCGUGGGAUGCAGUGGGUGGCUCUCAGGAAAAGCAUUACCUGCUCUGAGAGGAGGGCGACUCGACUGCUACUGAGUGCCCACAUUGAGUAGACGAUACACUGUGCUCCUGGCCGUCCCUGGCCACCUGUUAAGAGGCAGAAUUUCUGUACCAAGCACCUUUCGGGACACAUACACACGCCAUACAGUGACACCACACUCACACACACCUGCCUACAAGGCUUAACCGUGUCACAUCUGCCCGGCGCUGAGCUGCACUGAGGCGUGGCUGUGUGGCAUGUUUCCCCAUGAAUCUGCUAAUGAGCACGCGGGGGGGAGAGAGGUGCUGUUUCAUUUGGCCUGUUAGGGUCUCUGGCUCUCUAAUCUAUUUCUGUGAAUGAACACGCUUCCCCCUUUCAGACUGUAUUCCAAAAUAAAUCCUUGUGCGUUCA